UUAAAGACAUCCCUGCUCUUUUUGGGGAGUUUCAUCCCAUUAUCCGGUGGAGCUGGGAAAUCCUGAGUGCUCUGAAUCUCCUUAGGGAAGGACACAGCAAAGCACAGCUGGCAAGGAUGGCCAAGCUGCAGAACUUCACUUGGGCAGUGGAGGAUAUUUUCAAGGACACCUUCCUCAAUUACAUGAACAGCUGGAGGAGAAACAUGACAGAAGCAGCGGACAAACUGCAGGCUGAGGUGGCUGCUGAGAACUUUGACUACGUUAUCCUUUAUCUGAUGGUGAUGAUCGGGAUGUUCUCCUUCAUCAUCGUGGCCAUCCUGGUGAGCACCGUGAAAUCCAAGAGGAGGGAGCACUCCAACGACCCCUAUCACCAGUACAUCGUGGAGGACUGGGGAGAGAAGUACAAAAACCAGGUUCUGAACCCAGAAGACCUCAAGUGUGUGAUCCACGAAAACCUGGGGGCGAGGGAUAAAACGAGCCCGGAAUCGCCUUGACUUUCCGGGAACGCCCGCAGUGAGGGAUUCACGGAGCCACACAGAGGGAACUCACUGCAAUUCCAAAGA